CUUUGAUCAGAUUCUGGAUCAAAAAAGUAAAGAAAAACCCACCUGGUCUACUCCUAGAUUCUAUUUAAAUUCUAACUUAGGUUCUUUGAGUGAUACGCUACCACAGCAAGUCAACAAGAAAGUAUGCUGUAGCUCAGAACUUGGAAAAAAGAGAGCUUUUAUCUAUCCUGGAGGAAUGACACAUAUUGUUAAAAGAACAAGGCAGAUAGCAAAGAUAUUUGCCUCAUUACAGCUCCGUGAUAAUCUUCCAGCAGUCCUAAUAUCAAUAUGUGAGAAAUAUGUAGCUUGUUGUGCCUCCCUCAGAACCUGUGCAACACAACGGUAGCAGAAAGAGUGUUCUCCAAAGCCAUCUUGAAGCAGAUUUGAAAUGAAUUAAGAUUAAAGCAAAUGAGCAGUUGACCAGCUUUCACCAUUGAUUUUGCCCUAGGUAAAGGUGUUCUGUGUAUCUGACAACCUGAAGUACCAACAUUUAGCAGCUGCGAGCUGGAACAGGAGGGGAAAUUCGCUGUCAACUAGAAGAACAAAGCAUGUGUAUGAACUGGUGCUUCACACUUCUGUGUUCCAGGUGAAGAAGGAUCACACAAUUUUUUUACUGAGUUACUUGCAUUUGGAUUCUUGGCACUUCUGGCAGAAAUAAAGAAUUUGAGAAGAUUAAAAGAAUUGCAGACUGCAGAAAGGAGGACAAUUGAGGAGGAAAGGUGGGAAACAACAGUGUGAGGGACUCAUGGAGGAAACAGAUACCAGCUUUUACUGGGAAUUUCAAGCCAGUCCUGAGGUGUUGCUGGGCAAAUUUGAAAACACCUCGUGGUGCAGACAUCAAAACCAGAAUUGGAAGAAAAUGCUGCCAGCAGAGCAUCAGAAACCUGCAGCCAACUGCACUGGAGUUGUGGACUUUAAGGCCUGCCUGGGUAAUACAGUCAACUUCUGUCCUACCAAUAUUUCUUGUCAAUGUAAAAAUGAAAAACCUUUUUGCAGAUGUGAUUACACCAGAGUGGACUGGAGGGAGUUUUGGUACAUGGAUCCUAAAUGUAGCCACCUUUGGAACACUUUAGACUUGAUUUUAGUAACUGUUCUUCCUGCAAUAGCACUGGUUAUCAUAGUUGUUGCAAUAUUUUACUGUGUCUACUACUGUAAAAGUGAAAAAGCUAGGAACUGGACAAAUCCUCCAUACUGUGAAGCACAGCAUAACCCUGCGUUUACUGUUGAAACAGCUGGUAACUUGGGGCAUGUUUAUCAGCAAUCACCAAAGGACGGCUGGGUUGGACGAAUUCCAAAAGCUGUACUGAGAAGACAAGAUUUUGAUGAUGGCCCAGCCCCAAGUCAAUUAGAGAAUUACAGUGGCAUGGCAACUGAUAAAGAUCCCGUAAAUGGUCCUAUGCAUCCUCAGCCAUUAAGGAGACCGGAUCCAACAACAGACUAUUUUUCUAACCAGCGACCUCAAUAUGAGAAAUCAGGCUAUCCAAGCAAUAAUUUGCCUUAUGCAGAUUAUGCAGAGGGGAGACAGUAUCGGAGAUACUAAGUACCAGUGCUUCCUGUAUCUGAAGUGUCUUGGAAAACUGCAUGAUCAAUGGACGAUCCAAAUGCUGAGAGAUCAGUAAGACUUUGUGGGCUGGGACAUAGAGGAAAUAGCCAUAACUAUUAGAAAGGACUAAAAGUUAUUGCAAAGCAAAGAUACAGGAGAUGAUUGUAAAACAAAACAUGAUAUUGGCAUCCAAUUUGCUUACUGUGUAAUUGAUGACUUUUUGUGAAUACCUGAUUUUUAGACUUUACAUAGCUGCUUCUAA